AUGGCUCGUCAUGUGCAGAUUGUCACAGGCAGAUGCCAAGUUUAUCACUCUGGUCCUCGGAUACAACUGCCGGAAUUCACGACCUUAACCAAGUUUUUAUUUGAGCAAGCCUCGGGGUACUCACGGCGAACAGCUCUGCAUAACAAGGUCGCUGUUGUGGACGGCGUCACAGGGACAUCAACGACUUACGAAGAGCUGCAGGAGCAGGUUGAUCACGUGACACAGAACCUACACAAGUUGGGCCUGCGUCACAACGAUGUUCUCACAUUAUUUGGUUCUAACAGAGCGGAGUUUGUCCACGUCCUGUGCGCCUGCGCAAACCUCGGAGUGACUGUGUCAUUGGCCAAUUCACAACUGCCCACAAGUGAGCUUAUAGCCCAGCUCAAGUUGUCCAGUAGCUGUCUUGUGGUCACUACACCAGAGUGUAGCCCUGUGGCGGUUCAUGCUUCUGACCAGCUGGGUCUCCGGAAUCCAGUGGUCAUCGGACAAGCUCAUGGGUGUGUACCGUUCACCUCUCUAACCAAGGCGCCCACGGUUCGAGUCCAGCUUCCCACCGGCCGUGACCCCAACGAGGUGGCUCUCCUCCCCUUCUCCAGCGGCACUACGGGUCUACCCAAGGGGGUCCGCCUCUCACACCGGAACCUGUGCGCAGAACUUUCCGCACUAAGACAUCCGUCCUAUUUGCCAAUGACGUCACCAGAUUCCACUUCCGUCUGUGCCCUUCCCAUGGUGCACAUCGCUGGCCUCGUCAUCGGUGCCCUGAACCCUUUGUCGCAAGGCGCGUGCGUGGUGAUAUUGCCCAAGUACACUCUCCAAUCUUUCCUCGGUGCAAUUCAACAACACAAGCCCUGCACCGAAGAUGAACUGUAA